AUUUAUCUCUAAACCUAUCCAUGAAAAACCUUACUUCACAAAUUAUAAACUUCAAAUAACAGAAGUAAAAAAAAAUUUAUGCAAAAAAACCAAUCACAUGAAGCAAACUAACUUUGAAGAUUUAAACAUAAAAAUGCAUUCUUUAGUAAAUGUAAAUUUAUAUGGUUUUUCAUGGAUAGGUUUAGAGAUAAAUAAGGUUGAAAUUGUAAAAUAAAAGUAAUAGUUUUUUUACAUAACCCUAUGGCGAGAAUUGAGAUUAAUGUGUUUUAGGUCUACAGGUUUGGGAUUAAUCUUUUUCUUCUUCUUCAAUAUAGCAGUGAGUAGAUUCCAUUAACUGCUACUCUUGGCACCAUUACCCGGUUUAUUUGGGUUCAAUCGGUUUAGGGUUUAUGGGUUUAAGAUUUACAGAUUUAAGUUCUAUAGGUUUGAGGUUUAUGAGUUUAAGUUCUAUAGGUUUGGGUUUUAUCAGUUCAGGAUUUACAGGCUUAGGGUUUAUGAGUUUGAGGUUUAUAAGUUUGAAGUGCAUAAAUUUUGGAUUGUGGAGUUGUGCUUAUGGGUUUGAUAUAUAUCUAUUUUUAUCUAGUUUAUCUAUUUUCUCAUUUUCAUUAGAUAUACAACAAAUACAAAACUAACAAAUACAAAAAAAUACAAAAUUAGUUUCUGUGUGUUUUAUUUUUAUGAAAAAAAUUUAAUUAAAAGUAGAUAUUAAAAAAUGUCUAGUUGUAAAAUAAGUCCCAAUUCUUUUUGUUUUGUUUGUGGAAUUUAUAUUUUCAAAAAUGGUAAAGCUUUAACAGACACUUUGAAAAGAAAGUACCAUUUUUGCUAUGGCAUAUUUGCUGAAGAUACAAACAAUGCUUGGACGCCAAAUAGGGUAUGCUCUUCAUGCGCUGCUUCUCUUCACAAAGGUAAACGACAACGUUUUUCUACUCCCACGAUUUGGCACGAACCUGAAAAUCACGAUGCAGAUUGCUAUUUCUGUUUAACAGAAACAAACAGGUACACUAACAUUCAAAAAAACUAUAUACAAUAUCCUAAUGUAUCAUCAGUAACACCUGCAGUUACAUUGAACGUUUCUGUUAAUAAAGGUUCAUCAGAUAAUGUAGACCUUAACGAUUCAGUUGAUCAAACAUGUGAACAGGAUGAACGUAAUGAUUCUGAUGAAGGUAAUGAUUCUGAUGAACCUAACCAUUCUGAUGAAAAUACAACAACAAAUUCCUGUUUUACUCAACAUGAGCUAAGCGAUUUAGUGCGAGACUUAGGAUUGUCUAAGGAAAACUCUGAAAUUCUAGCUUCUAGGUUGAAAGAAAAACAUGUUUUGGCUCCAAAAACCAAGAUAUCAUUUUAUCGUAAUAGAGAUAAACAUUUUAGAAAAUUCUUUUCUACUGCAAAUGCUCUGGUUUACUGCAAUAACGUUGAAGGAUUGAUAAAUGCUUUUAACAGUAGCAUUCGUUACGUAGCAGCUGACUGGAGACUGUUUCUUGAUUCUUCUUGUAAAAGUUUUAAAGCAGUACUCUUACAUAACGGUAAUCUUUAUGCUCCUAUCCCUAUAGCACAUUCGGUUGUUUUGAAGGAAGAGUAUGAAAUUUUAAAGUUUAUUUUACAAAAAUUAGAGUAUGAAAAACACAAAUGGCAAUUAUGUGGUGAUUUAAAAAUCAUAACAAUACUUUUAGGUCAACAGAGUGGUUUUACUAAAUUUUCCUGUUUUUUGUGUGAAUGGGAUAGCAGAGCUCGCGACAAACAUUAUAGGCAAGCAGUUUGGCCAUCUCGAUUAGCAUUGGUACCUGGUUCAAAAAAUAUAAUACACGAUACUUUAGUUGAACCGUCGAAGAUCUUACUACCCCCAUUACACAUCAAAUUAGGACUGAUAAAACAAUUUGUUAAAGCGCUCAAAAGCCGUGAAAGUAAUGCAUUUACAUAUCUUGCUGUGAAAUUUCCAAAACUUUCUGAAUCAAAAAUAAAAGAAGGUGUCUUUGAUGGGCCACAGAUUAGAUCCUUACUAAAAGACCAACAGUUUCAAAAACACAUGUCUGCUGAAGAAAAUGUUGCAUGGGAAAGCUUUAGAGCAGUAGUUACAAAGUUUCUAGGAAAUGUAAAAGAUCCAAACUUUAAAGAAAUUGUAGGAGAUUUAGUAAAGAACUAUGAAAAGAUUGGAGCUUUAAUGAAUUUGAAAUUACAUUUCCUACAUUCGCAUCUCGAUUUUUUUCCCAAGAAUCUUGGAGAUGUAAGCGAAGAACAGGGUGAGAGGUUCCACCAAGAUAUGAAAACCAUGGAGCAGCGUUACCAGGGAGUAUGGAACGAACGUAUGAUGUCAGAUUACUGCUGGAGCUUGGAUCGUGAUACUAUAAAUGAACAUAAAAGAAAAGGCGUUAGAAGAUCAUUUGAAAAGAAGAUAACUCGAUUUUACAAAAAAGAAUAAUAAAAAUAUAUACUUAUAUAACCUGGCGUAGGCGCCCCCGAACAUUUCGGGUAAGUCUUAAAAGAAAUGGUACCUCCACGUGGUUUAAGAUGGGUAACGCUAGAUCCAUUUCACAAAUACAUACUUGUACAACUUGGCGUAGAUUAGCGUGAGUCCCCUCGCCUCUCACGAUUCGGGGUGCUAGAUUAGCGUGAGUCCCCUUGGGCAAGCAGGCACACAGACAGUCAGGCGAGCAGGCGGUGGGUGGGAAGGCAGACAGACAGGCUG